AUGGUCAUUCCACAUAUACCGUCCUUCGGAAGAAAGGGCGAUAGAGAUAAGGAUAAAGACGUACCUCCACCCUCUUCGGAUCACAUCUCCCCGACGUCAACAAAGCGCCCCAACCACCAGUCCACCGGUUCCACCUCCUCCACUGUCGAUUCCCCCGCCUCCAAAUACCACCCAAUUCGCCUCCUUCGUCGUAAAGCAAGCGUGAGCGCGCCGAAGGAUGCUCCGCCCCCUACGUUCGCAGGUGAUUUCGAUCCCCCAGUCAGCGCGAGCAGCUCUGGCUCGGUCCUGGAAUCUCAGCAGACGGUUCCUCCCUUGUCCUCUACGGUAGGGGUUGAAGAGAGGGAGGGAAGUGAUCAUGAGGGGUUCAAGUUAUUCCCGAGGAGGAAGAGUGAAAGCAAGCCCAGGAGAAAGAGUCGCGCCGAAAGACCAGGUUCGGCGUCCAAGAGGGCUGCUUGGGUUUACGACAGACAACUGCAUGGAGGGGAUGCUAUUGAGGAUGUACCGGAUCGCCCCAGCAGCCAAAGUAGUGGUAGUGGAGGCAAUGGGGACGCGGAUGGGGAUGUGUUUGGAGGUAUGGGAGGUCCUGUGAGCGCGUUGGGGCUGGGCGAGGAAAGCUCUCAGGAGAAAUAUGAUAUCAAUGCAAGACUCACGACAGAGAGAGACUACGUGACUGGCAGUUCACGUCAUCGACGGUCUCUCACCCCACCAGACUCGGCGCCCCCACUCCACCACCCAUUCCUGGCGCCCUACCCUACACCCUUAUCACCUCCACGACGACCGGGAGGAGCUAUACCCAGCUCCCCCCGCGCCUUGCAGUCAUUCCACGCCCAGCAGAAGAAGGGCGGGCGGCCUUCUACAGCACCUUCCAGUAUAAAUGAAACCCUCGCAAGUCCAGCUUCGCGGCCUGUGACGCCUACCACUGUCAGCUCCCCUCUUCGUAAAGCCCAUCCUCCAGCGGCCUCCCCUGCCCCACCGACAUCACCAUCUCCUACCAAAUCCAGCACGUCUCCUCGUCCGCUGAGUCAACCGGCACAACCGCCCCGCACACCGGUGGUUACAGCAGAAUGGCUGAAGCGGAAACCUUCCAGUGGGCGUUUACGCCACACUCCUUCUCUUUCCGCCGAUAAUAUUCCCCUUCCGUCCAACCCUCUCGCUUACGGUACACCCCCGAGGCCUGCGAAGAAUGGAAGUCGGGCUAAAGGGCUUGAUGAAUCCCCUCGUAUACACAUGUCCACGGCUCGGGACAGGAAUGUGUCUUCUUCCUCGACUUCCUCGAGCAGUACCGACGCUUUCUCUUCAGAUGGCGAGAUAGGCUUCAAAAGCCCGACCCGUCGAAACAUCUCAACACCCACCCGUCCCCCAUCUGCAUCUCGUGCUAUUACAUUAGAUGGCAGCUACGAAGUCCAGAUCAACUGCUCUGACGACCGCGAAGAGAUGGAAGAGAUGAAAUGGGAAGUGACCAUUCGCCGGCGCUCCUCCCGAAACCCGAGCCAACAGCCCGUUUCCCCUCUGCACCUCGACACCACAUCGAGCACUACUACCGCGCCUCUGACGGCAAGCUCGAUCAACUUGAGUUUAUCGCUCGAUGAGCCGACGGGCAAGUUGGUGUUUAUCAGUUUUCCCAUGGAUAUCCAUGCGACGCCGACGAGGCGGAGGAGGGGGUCACAAGGCGGGCAGGCGGGGAGCAGAGAGAAGGAGAAGGUGCAAGCGCAGGUGCAGCAGUAUCAAGCGUCUCCUCGAAACUCUUUCGGGCUCGCUCAGAGACCUGUCACGCCGCCGUCUUCGAAUAGAGCAGGGCCGGUCACGAGCGAAAGUGAAGUGGAGGAGGUAGAGAGAUUGAAGGCAGAGACGCCCAGGCCCGCAACGCCAACGUCGGCAAGGAGAAAGGCGCCGCCUCUAUGGCCAGAUUCCAUGGCGCAAGGGGAUUAG